AUGGUAGAAACAGCAGGGAAAAGCAGCCAGAAACAUGGACACCACCAUACAACAGCAGGAGGCCGAAGGAACGAACUGCGAGGAACCAUGCUCAAACUGAUGAAAAGGCAGAAGAAGCAAUCGGGUCUAGCUAGGGGUGAAUCCCCUUCAUCCUCUGCUUCAGAUCUUGAUAACUUGAAUAAUCAACCAACGACGGUAGAUAAGGCUACACCAUCCAAGGGCGCAGUUCCUCAUGUGGCUGGAACUCAUGUCAGUGUUGCUCGGUCCCGACCAAAUUUUGUACGGAUGCUUGACUUUACACAGGAUGUAAAUUUCGCCAUAGAGGCCUCAAUAAAAUCUGAGAAUGCUUUCAAGGAAGCUAAUUUAACUCUGGAAAUGGCAAAGAAUAGAGUGUGCAUUACUUCUAUCAAGAAGGUUGUUGACUUCAGCUUUCAAGACGUGGAAGGGCUCAUACAUCUCGUUCAACUUGCAAGGGAGGCCAUUAGCCGCUCUUGGUGCUGGAGAGUAAGUUAAUCGAUACUGUCUUUCUGGCUAAUUUUCGAAGGGGUAAGCAUCAGAAGGAAAGUAGCGAAGAUGCCAUUCAGAUCUGUGCUUUGAAGUUUGAAACUGCAAAGAAGUGAUCACCACAUUUCUGUACAUGUGUACAAAGUGAGAUUGAUUUGCCAAUUUUGUACUGUAGUUUUUGAGUAUUCAGCUUGUCCUUGAUGAGAAUAAGGACACAGUAUGCUCACCUUUAAUUAAGUUUCUGGGUUAGGACUUAGGAGAAGUGGAAAAGAAUUCUUGUUCGGUUACAUAAUUUGGAGUUUAUGUGGCAAGCCAGUUUAAUGUAUAUUUUUGGUUCCAUUUGUUGGGAGCUUGAGGUGAACAAAUAUUUUCAGAGAUUGAAAACAUUAGGCAACCAUUUUUAAGGAGGUUGAAUAUUGAUAUAGUAAUUAAUGGUCAGUUUUCCAAAUUUCCUUUUUACUCAUAGAAAUGUCAAACAUGAGCUUUUUCUAACAGGGUUCCCUCUUAGAGGAACAAUUUUAUUUCUGCAGGUAACUAUCAUAUAUUUUCAUUGUCCGGGAGUUUAUUUUUUGGGUCCCCUGCUUUUAAAUACAUCUGACUGGUUGUUGCUUUUGUGUAGGUUGUAUCAUUGUGCUUCAUUCUGGUUCUUCUGGAAUCGUGUUAUAAUAUGCAAUACAUAUAAGAAGGAUUUGAAUUUUCUGCAAUGAUGUCUAAAGAGUAGUUUCCUUCCCAAGGUUUGUUAAGAUUUUUAGUUAUAUUUCAGUAUAUCAUCAUUUCUUUGGUCCUAUUACCUUCUUCCUGUCUUUUCAGUUUACUUUAACAUGGACUGCAGGGGAUAUUUCGUUUUAUUGUUGGCCUUGUUGUUGACAGCAGCGUAGUCAGAAACUUUAUACACUAUGGAUUUUUAUGUGACUUAAAGAAAUAAUCUGUAGCAGCUAUGCGACCGAUUAUUUCUGUUAGAACAUUUUGAGGUAAAGCUAUAUUUUCAUGAACUUUCACAGUUGUGAAUUUUUCGUGUUAGGUAGAGAUCAGGAUGUUUCCAAAUCUCUCUGGGUGAAAACAUUGAAGGUGU